AUGCCUGUCACCGGCGGCGGCGACGCCAACUUCGAGGUCGGAGCGGAGGUCGAGGUAAGCACCCGCGGCGCGCUUUUCCCGGCGACGAUCAUCGGGAAGGGCUCCCGCGCGACAAUUUUCACGGUGGAAUACAAAACGCUGAAAGCCAGAAGCACCACUGGGAGAAACAAGCGCAAGGCUUUGAAGGAGGAAGUGGAUAUGGCAGUUCUGAGGCCGUCGCCGCCGCGAGAGAGAAGCAGCUACGCUUUCGAGCCCGGCGACGAGGUCGACGCCUUCUAUAAUGACGGGUGGAGAGAGGGAGUGAUUGCCAUCACCUCGGCGGGUUCUUCGAAAUUCUCGGUUUACUUGCGAGAUUUGAAGAGGCAAUUGGACUUUGAGUGUCCGGAGUUGAGACUUCACAGAGAGUGGGUUAGCGGAAAGUGGGUCCCUCCUUUGGAAGAGACGAUUGUCUCAGCUUCUAAAGAAGCAAAAGCUAUAAAGCAAGAGGAACUAAGUGAAGGAUCACUGGUUGAGGUUCGCAUCGAUGAAGAAGGAUUUCGAGGUUCUUGGUAUGCUGCAAAAGUUGUCAAAGUAGCGGGUCAAGACAAGUAUUUGGUACAGUUCAAGGGGCUAAGAAUAGAUGGUGAUAAAGAGUUUCUGAAAGAGAAGGUUGAUAAACAGAAUAUAAGACCUUAUCCUCCGGAAGCUAUUAUUGUUGAUGGUUUCGACUUGAACGAAAAAGUUGACGCUUUCCUUAAUGACGGGUGGUGGGAAGGUGUGAUUUGCAAGAUCCUUAAGGGAGGAAGGUACAAAGUUUACUUUAAGGAAAGUGAUGAAGAACUGGUGUUUGAACACUGUGAUUUAAGACCCCAUCAAGAUUGGAUUAAUGAAACUUGGGUUAUGGCUUCUCAGCGCUUGAACAAAAUGUAGAGAGCAUUUGCAGCAUUGGAUAAAGUAUAUCAUACGUUCUUUUGUAGAGUUUUUGGCCAGAAGCUCUUCGUCGGU